AUGAAGUGUGACGAUUUGCCUGAUAUUCAAAAGGAAGCCUCAGAUCUAUUUGCAAACUUGGAAAUGAAAACCGAGACCAUAAUGGGCGGCUCAGAAAAGAUCAAUAAACGAAUCCAAGAACAACUGCUUGAUACUUUGAGUGAUGUAGUCUACGAGAGUGGACACUAUGAUUUUCGAACGAACUACGACAUGUAUUGGCUGCAAUCUACAUUGACUCAAAUGCUUAGUUGUUAUAAGUUCGAUGUUGUAGCAAAUGUUUUACCAAACAGCAGCGAAAUGGACUUUGUUUCAACAAUCUGGUCCAUUUUGGAUCGAUGCUUUCACAACAUUAAUGUAGUUCCUGGAAGGGAUCGAACAUGUGUGGCAAUAUCCGCUCGCAUCAACGCAGAUCAUGGUCUUGAAUAUGGUUGCUCAGAAGUCGGAAAGUCGGAAGAUGUAGUGGCAAAUAAAAAGGAAGUGGUGGAGACGUAUUUGUACAGUCCAAAAACAAUGAAAGAUCUCUUCAACCGUAUCAGACGUCGAAUGAAACUUUCUGUAAUGGAUUGUCCGGAUGGAUAUGUUUGUCGUGUACAAGAAACCGAAGAAUAUAAAAUACCGAUAAGUGUGGAAUGCUUGGCUGCACAGAUCAUUCCCAUGUUAACUUUGACCUUACAAGCAAAGAACAAGAAAAAAGGAAAACCACAGUUCAAGGCAAAGAAGGCAGCACAAAAACGACAACAAAAAGAAUCAAUUGUACUUCCAUCAUCACUCACAACAUGUACACCAUCCACCACUGCCCGUAAACGUAAAAAUGAAGAAACUAAUUGA